AGCCAUAGCCAAUAAUAUUAAAUACUACCAAAUUUUGCAGAGACAGUGAAAUUGAUUAAGAGAUAAAAGAAGAAAAAGCCAUGUUUUGAGGAAGGAGACAUGCAUCAUCUCACCCUUACAUGAUUUUUUUCUUUCUUUUAUUUUCUCUUUCUCUCCAUCUUCACACCAAAGUCCAUAAGAUAGAUUCUCUCUAAUUUUUGGGUAAGUUUUUUAGUCGCUCUAUUUGACUCUACUUGUUGUACUCUGCUUUGCUUUGCUUUGAGAGGGUUCCUAAAAAAAACCCAUUUUUGGGUGAUUGGUGAGAACAUCUGAAUGCUUUUUUUUGUUUGUUUCUUCUUUUUUUUAGUUAUGUUCUGUUUUUCUCGCUUUUUCAUUGGAUCAUACCAAGUUCGUAGGCUCUUAAGUCGAUUGAGUUAGUGGAAUUGCAUGUUCAGUGAUUAAUCAAAAAUCUGUUUUUUUAUUAUUAUUAUUUAUUAAUCUGAUUUGUUAGGCCGUUGAUUCUCAAAGUCUGAAUCUUGCUAUCUAUCUUUACUAUGAUUAUUGGAUCUGCUCUUAGAUCUGUUGUUUUGUUGCUCUAUACUUUUGAAUCAAGAAUGGUUUUUAGAUUACUUCCUCCAAGUGAUUGCAAUAUCUAUCAUAACUGGUUUUUACUUAUUGGGUUUAUAGUUGUUGACUGAGUAAAAAACAUCUCUUUGUCUCUUGAUGGAUCUACUGUGGUCUGGAGAUGAGCUUAUUGAACUGUAGUAGUGUCUCAGACAAUGCAAGAGUUUCGUUCAUUGCCUUACCCCGCAACUUCUUAGGACAGCUCUGUCUUCACUAACUCAAAAACUCCAAGGAUCUUCUUCCGUGACUGACAACAGCACUUUGACGAUGGAGAUGAUGUCUACCCAUUUCCCACGGAUGAAACAAACUGAUUUUCAGUUGCAGGACCAUGAUUCCUCCUCUACUCAGUCCACUGGAGGAGAGUCAUAUAGUGAAGUUGCAAGUUUAAGCGAACCUAAUACUCGUUAUGGCCACAACAUUGUUACCCAUCUCUCAGGUUACAAAGAAAACCCGGAGAAUCCUAUUAGAAGUCAUUGCAAGUCAAUCUUGUCGAAGGUUUCACAACAUUCCGUGGUUCCUCCUAUUGAGGCGGCUUCUUGGCCUUUACACAGCACUGAAACGCCACAUUUCAAUGGUUACUUGUCUUUUCCGUAUGCAUCACAACACACGGUGCAGCAUCCCCAAAUUGGAGGGUUGGUUCCUUCUAGAAUGCUUUUGCCUCACAACAUUCCAGAGAAUGAACCAAUUUUCGUUAAUGCGAAACAGUACCAAGCAAUUCUACGUCGUAGACAGCACCGUGCAAAGCUUGAAGCUCAGAACAAGCUCAUCAAAGUCCGCAAACCGUACCUUCACGAGUCGCGCCACCGUCAUGCGUUAAAGAGAGCAAGAGGCUCUGGUGGGCGUUUCCUCAACACAAAGAAGCUUCAAGAAUCAAAACCUCCUCCAUUCUCGGGCUCACCGCAUGUCUGCAAGAACUCUCCGGGAAAGUUCUGGCAACAGGACAUAACCGGGAACAACAACGACAUGUUCCAACAAAACGGGUUCUCAGGUUAUCCAUCAAACCACCAUGUCUCAGUUCUCAUGUGAGACUCUUACUCUGUGGCAAGUGGUUAAUGAGAAUCAUGACGGGAAGUCAUCCUUGGCUAUAUAUUGAUCCAUAAAAGUUUCUGUUUUACAAGUUUGCUUUCAUUCUACUGCAAAAGAAGUUGAAAUCUUUCAACAGUUUUCAUUCCUUUUCUUGUCUUUCAUUUUUCUAGUGUGCUUGUUGCUGAAUUGUUUAUACUUUGAUUUAAACUUCGAUUACGUGUGCACCCACAUGGAUUUGUGAUUUUAUGUAAUGUAUAAAUGAUUUGUUUUUAGAGCUCAA